UUUUCAUAAUAACCAAAAGUAUAUUAUAUUAUAACACCUAUACGUUUAUAGCUGAAUAAUGUCAUCUCAUGGGCCUUUCUAGCUUUCCGUACAUUUUCAGUUAGUUUUGGCUAAGGAAGUCACAAAUCGAAACUCACGAAAUGAUUGAGUUUCUGUAUUUAUUUCCCCAGUUGUCUCCCUAAGAAUACUGUAAAAUGACUUCAAUAACUGAAGAAUCACCAACCAAUUUCACUGAUACAAACCCAAAGUUUUCUGUACGCGUAGUUGUAUGCGAUCAUUAUACCACCAAACCUGUACCGGGGCUUGAUGUAAUUUACUCUGAAUUUCGAGGGUCUGAUAUAAAGCAGGUACCUGUGCUACGAGUAUUUGGAUCAACACCAGAUGGAAAAAAGGCAUGCUUACAUAUCCACGGAGUUUUUCCAUAUUUUUAUUUACCAUGUCCAACUCCAAACCCAGAACCCCGGUUACUUUAUCAGAUUGCCGCAAGCUUGGACAAAGCUAUUAAUAUUGCUAUGAAACAAGCUACUUCUGUUACUCAGCAUGUGUAUAAAAUAUCUCUAGUCAAAGGAUUGCCAUUCUAUGGAUUUCAUGAUAAAGAACAUUUAUUUUUAAAAAUAUUUUUGUAUAAUCCUGGUCUUAUAAAACAAGCAGUUGAACUCUGCAGCAAUGGUGCAAUAUCUGGCCAGGUGUUGCAGCCUCAUGAGUCCCAUCUAAAUUUCACAUUACAAUUUUUCAUAGAUUUUAAUCUCUUUGGAAUGAGUAGCAUUGAUUUGCAUCAGGUAAUAUUCCGAAAGGAUGGCAUGUCUCAAAAAAGUGAUGAUAUUUUAAGUCCAGAAACCCUAGGUCUGAAACCAGAAAGUGUUUGCUACUAUGAAGCAGACUGUGUUGCUUCACAUAUCAUCAACCGUCAAAGGGUAGGAAAUGGGGAAGGCAUAGAAAACCCUGGCCUGGAAGAAGUAUGGAAGCAGGAAUCAGAAAGACGUAAACAAUUGAAUGUGUCGAUGGCGUCCAAAUCAUUAUCUCAGGGAAGAUUAAAAAGUGAGGAAACAGACUCUCACUAUAAACACGAAAGUUUAUUCAAUCUCAAGAUAUCCCAGUUGAUAGAGAAACCUGUAGAAAUAUUGGAUACUGAUACUAUAGCUACUGACAUUGUACAUUAUCCAGCUGAAACACAGGAAGGCUCUCAGAUAUUAAAUGCCACUGAUAUCAGCACACAUGUUAGCGAGCAUAUGCUUAAUUCUUCAGUCACACCUUCAUUUCCUAAGAGAAUUAUUAAUCAAUCGCAUAAUACCUCUGAAUCAUUAGAUAAUACAGUAGUAGAUGAAGACAUUGCAUUGAACAGUAGCUUUUCAUUACAAUACAGUCAAAUAUUAUUGGACAAUGAAGAUUUAGAACUCGUUGACAUGCUGCAACACCUAGAUGAAAGACCCAUUGAGGAUGACAGUAUAAUGGGAACACAGAGGAGAGAAGAAUCUGAUGAGGAGUUAGAUGAUGUUGAAUAUUCACAUAUCUACAAUGAUGACACCAUUGUAUUGGAAAGAGGUAAUGAAGAUAAUGAUGAAAGUGAAGAUUUGACAUCCUGGGAUGAUUCAUUUUGGGAAGGUGCAAAUAUACCGCAGUUGGACGGAGCUUGCGACGAUGAUCAUGUAAAGAAAGUAAGAAAAAGAAAAAUGAGACCAUUUAAACUUGGAUUAUCUCGACCAAAAGCAAAGAAAAACAAAACAGAAAAAAUAAUAAACGACCAACUUUCGUCCAGCCCUGUAAAUAAUGCGGAAUGCGGAUGCGAAGAGAAGGAAUCAACAAUUACAGUCAAUAAAGAGGAUGGAUGGUCAAGUAGUAUAGAUGAUAAUGAUGAUGAUGAAAUUAAUGUGUCCAGAGAAAUCGAUAUUGAUAGUAUAUCCAGUUGCCAUAUAAGGGCAAAGAGUGUAUCACAAAGUCAAUGCAGUAAUGAAUCCAUUUCCAUUCUUCAUCAUGUGGCACAAAGUAUUACACAAAAAGAUAACAGUGAAGAUCCUGAUAGUAAAAUUAAAAUCAAAGAAGAGAAUAUAGGUAUAGGUAAAGAUAAAUUAGUGAAUAGGUUAGAAAAUUUUGAACACAUAGAAAAUAACAUUAAUUUUAAAAAUAUUGAACCAGUAGCUGGUCCGUCCCGUCCAUAUAAUAGAGAAAUAAAUAAAACUUAUUUUAAUAUUUUAUCUGAUAGUGAUUCUUCUCCUGAUGAAAAUGAAGUUGGUAUUAAAAGUUUCUAUGACACAUCAAAAAUUUUUGAUAUAACUGAUACUGAUUUAACGGAUGAAAGUAUUGCCCAUAAUUUUAGCUCUAACGAAAAACACAGUGUUCAUGUAAAAGAAGAAUUAAAUACAACGAUGAAUACAUGUAACUAUAAUCAUAGUAUGUCACUAUCAAACUCAAAUACAUGUAUAUCAGAAAUGAAAAUUGAACCUCCAACAAUGAGUACACUGAAAGUUAUAACACCAAAAAUAAAGCCUCCUAGUAAAAUGGAUGUUUUGAAUACUAUAGAAAAAUAUUCUAUUCCGAAAACAAGGAAUCCGGAACCCCAUUUCUCAAACUACAAAGAUGUCGGAGAUAAAGUUGAAUUGGGUCAUGUAACAUUAAAAGUUAAAAGUAAAUUUGCACAAGAUCAAAAACCCUUCGAAAGAGUUCAUAAUACUACAACAAUUGAAGAAUGGAGACACCUGUUGUUUUUACAAACUAAUGACAUAAGCGAGGAAAAUUCUAAAGCGAUAGAUCUACAGCAAGUACUCGCUAGUAAUAGAUCUUGCAUUUUAACACCCGUGAAACGCGCACCUACUACAGCUGAAGUUACAGAAUGGUUAGAGCAAAGGAACGAAGCCAAUGAUAAUAAAUCUCACACUGAUGAAACAGAAUGUAAGAUUGUAGAAGAAAUUGAUAAUUCCCAGGCAAUAGGUCUUAACGAAACUGAAAUUAAUAAUAGCCUGAGUCUAGAAUCAAGUAAAAAGGAUAUAAACGAUUUGAAUACAACAAUGCAAGUUACUAUGCAACCCGAUGGAUCGUUUCUUUGCUUUGGUAGUAGUGAAAAUACUAAUAGAAACACAUGUACGCCAAUUUUGGAGAUGGACUUUCUCACAAUCAUGAUUCUUGAAGUUCACACGGAUGUUCGCGGAGAUUUGAACCCCGACCCGGCGCGGGACCAAAUCAAAGCGUUGUUUGUCACCGUCUUCAACGACUGCCCAUCAGAUCACACGCUUCAGAGAUACAUCACACAAGUAUUCGUGGCCGACACGAAGGACGGCUUCAAACAGUUCGAUAGAUGCACAUUCAGAUACGAUAUAUCCUAUUUCAACACCGAACAUGAAAUACUAGAGAAACUUGUAGACUUCGUGAAAAUACAUGAUCCCGAUAUUAUGUGCGGGUACGAAAUAGAAAUGAACUCGUGGGGAUACGCCGUAGAGAGGUCCCAGAUGUUGGGAAUGGAAAUGGUGAGGGAGCUCUCUCGAAUAACGGACAAAAAUCGGCAAAAACGUUGGCGUCACGAUGACAAAGAACUGGAGGGGAGAGUCAUCGGUCGAAUAACUUUCAACGUCUGGAGAUUGUUUCGCUACGAGUUGGCGUUAUCGAGCUAUAGUUUCGAGAACUGUAUGUACGAGAUAUUGAAAGAGAGGGUGCCGACUUACAAUCAUGCGCAGUUGGCUGAAUGGUGGGACCACGAGUCGAGAAUGUUCAGAUGGAUACCCAUGGAGCACUACCUAACAAGACUGUCGGGCACGUUAAGAAUGCUAGAAAAAUUGGAUAUAAUCAAUCGUACAUCAGAACUGGCUCGGCUGUUUGGUCUGCAGUGGUGGGAGGUGCUGUCUCGAGGUUCGCAAUUUCGGGUAGAAUCCCUCAUGCUGAGAGCGGCCAGGCCUCUGAACCUAGUGGCCCUCUCGCCAACUGUCAAACAGAGAGCUGCCAUGCGAGCGCCUGAAUGCUUGCCGCUUAUAUUUGAACCAGAAUCUCGUUUUUACACUGAUCCAGUGAUCGUAUUAGACUUCCAAAGUCUGUACCCGUCGAUGAUGAUAGCCUACAACUACUGCUUCUCAACGUGUGUAGGUCGCGUACAGAAUAUCAAUGGUGAUGCUCCCUACGAAUUUGGCGCUUGGAAGCUGCGGAUACCUAAAGCGAAACUACAGGCACUGGGCAAGAACGGCCUCAUACAUUGGUCGCCGGUGGGAGUGGGAUUUGUGAAACCUUCGGUGCGGAGGGGCGUUCUACCGGCACUGCUACGAAGGAUCCUAGCUGCAAGACAAGCUGUUAAAAAGGGAAUGAAACUGCAGACAGACGAAAAUGUCAAGAAGGCAAUGCAUUCACGACAGCUAGGUCUGAAGCUGAUAGCAAACGUGACGUACGGCUACACGGCGGCCAACUUCAGCGGGCGCAUGCCGUGCGUCGAGGUGGGGGAUAGUGUGGUCGCUAAGGGCCGCGAGACACUCGAGCGGGCCAUCAAGUUGGUGGCUAGUGGACGGUGGAAUGCUAAGGUGGUGUACGGCGACACGGACUCGAUGUUCGUGUUGGUGCCGGGAGGGACGCGCGCGGACGCGUUCGCCAUCGGCCAGGACAUCGCCGACGCCGUCACCGCCGACAACCCCUCGCCCGUCGCGCUUAAACUAGAGAAGGUGUACCAGCCGUGUAUACUUCAGACGAAGAAGCGGUACGUGGGCUAUAUGUAUGAGAGCGUCGACCAGCCACACCCUGUAUACGAGGCCAAGGGCAUAGAGACGGUGCGAAGGGACGGAUGCCCCGCUGGAGUUAAGCUGCUCCAGAGCGCGCUAUGCGAGCUGUUUAGUACCGGAGACGCGUCGCGCGUGAAGCGGCUGGUGCAAGCGGCGCUGGGGGGGCUAGAGACCGCCGCGCCGCUCGACCUCGUGUUCACGCGCGAGUACCACGGCCCCACAGGGUACCGCCCCGGCGCCGCCGCCCCGCCCAACGAGAUCGCAAAACGGCUGGUGUCGCGCGACGGGCGCGCUGCGCCGCGCAGCGGCUGGCGUGUGCGGUGGACGGUGUGCGCGGGCGCACCGGGGGAGCCACUGGUACGCCUGGCGCGCACGCCCGCCGAGCUCCUGCGAGACCGAGGCCUGCGCCCGCACGUCACUUACUACGCUGCCCGCGCAUUGUUGCCGCCGCUUCACCGCUGUCUUUCCCUUUUGGGUCUCGAUGUUUUUAAAUGGUGGAACGAGAUCGGUUGCAACCGCGAGGCACAGUCGGAGCGAGUGUGCGGGGGCGGCGGCAUCGCGCGGUACAUGCGGCGCGGGCGAUGCGUGCUGUGCGGCGCGCGGGGCUGGCGCGCGCUCUGCGACAGCUGCGCGUCAACACCCAUGCAGACAGCUGCAGCACUCGCCGCUAGGGGCGCGCGCGCAAGGGCUCUCCUGCAAUACUGCUAUACGAUAUGUCAAUCAUGUUGUGGGCACCGUCAGUAUCAGCAAUGUGAAAAUACCGAGUGUCCCGUAUUAUGGAGAAGAGUAUCGGCACGUGAAAAACUUGACCAACUGCAAGAUAUUUUAAUGAAUUUACCGAAUAGUUACAAUAGAGAAUCACUCGAAUUUUAAUUAAUUUACGGAAUUGUUACU